AAUUCCCUCAAACCUAGGGGAAUUGGUAGUCUCUGUACGUACUAACCAGACAUGGAGGGACAAGGUCGACCUGUGAGAAUCGCCUCACCAGAUGGUGUCCGUAGAAGCCUUGGGAGGUGGGACGCAUGGCUCACGCCAAUUCAGACACCACUUAGUUGACACGCGGAAGGCCUGCAUGGUAGUAACUUGCUGAGUGUCGCUUUCUUCAACCACAAUCUUCUGCGACUCGUCACGAGCCGCAUCUCAAGUCACUCGGAGAUGAGUGAUUCUGCCAUAGCCUGCGUUACUUGCAACAGCGCUGAGCAAGCAAUUAGUAAUUGCUACGUCGCACAGCUUCUAGUAUUGCUCUGUCGUGCAUCGCGUAGCUUGCAUCGCGUAGCUUGCCUGCUUGUCAGUGUCCAGCCUUUUCAACGCUAACCAUCAGAAAUCUGCAGUGCGGAUGAUGGAGAAGACGGAAAUCGACUCACUGAAGUUCGACGUGGCUGCUCUCAAGGGGGAGCUAGCAACGGUGAAGAGGGAGUUGGCACAACUGAAGGAGAACCCGUCAAAGCCCAAGGGAAGGGCAUUGAAUGUGGAGGAAGAAUACAUCCGGAGUGAUGGGGAUCGCAGGAAGAUAUGGGAGGUGCGUAUUUGUUUUUUCAGCUAUCAUCUGCUGAUGUUUUCUUGUCAUGAUUUCUUUCAGGCAAUCCGUUUCAAUUCGGGUGUGGGCACACUGCGUUUGUUGAAGCUUUCCGGGCUUUCUAACGCCAUCCUGGGCCAUAUUUCCACCAUGACCCACCUGGAGAUGCUUGAUCUGGAAAGGUGCUCAGGCUUCACUGCACAAGGCAUCAAGUACCUCUACGAUGGGCUGUUCAGAUUGAAGCACCUUGUUUUGAGCAACACAGGCAUUCUCGACGCAGACUUGGAAGGUAUUGGUGCAUUGGGACGACUCGAGAAACUCGUUCUCAUCGGCACGAAGGUGACUGAUGCUGGCCUGGCACACCUUGCACGCCUUGCCUCACUCGAGUGUCUGGAUCUUGAACGGUGCUCCGGUGUGACCUCGGCUGGCAUGGUCCACGCUGGGAAGUUGACAUCUCUUAAGUUCCUCGAUUUGGAGGGCACUAAGGUGACCAAUGAUGGGCUGAGGCACCUGAAGUUCCUGACCAAUUUGAAGGCGCUCCACUCGCCGUAUGGAACCGGUGAUGCUGGCCUCCAACCAACACGUCAAGCAGCUGUUGAGCUUGGUGGUAUUACGCAUGGCCGACCCGACAGCCACUGAGCAAGGAGUGAGGUGCUUGAAGUCCAUGCCAAGGCUGCUGAGGGUGACAACCAAUUCAAAGCGACUGGAGCCAGUGCUAAAAUCCAUGUUCUUCGCAGAAGGGUUGUUGCCAGAGAAUUGUCCAAUCCAAUAGAAUGGUGAUUGUUUUGCGGCUAGACGGUGGUAAAUGAUUGCUAAGAUGUGGUAGUUUCUGAAAC